AUGGCUGUUGCAUUCAUUAUCAUGCCUGCCACGACCCAAUCAUAUACAGUGGAGGCUUUCAAAGGCCAGGCUGCCAUUAAACAACUUCGGGAUACCGUCUCCGACAUCCAGAUUCGUCACGUCUGGCUAUUCAAUGCACACUGUGAUGACCGCGUCAACAUUAUUUCCACCCGGAUUUCCUCACCUCGAACAACCAAAUUCAUGGCCUGGAUUACGAGGAGUUCAUCAGGGGCUGCCAUUUUAGCCUCUUCCCGAGCAACUACGAGCCGUGGAGACACGGUCCGGUGGAAUGUACGGUUUGAGGAGGAGGAGGAGGAGGAGGAUUUUGCUGCUGGGGUGGAGAUGCCGCCGUUUUCGACACCUGGAAGUCUGAGGUUACGUGCCGGGAUGGCGACGCCUGGAGAUACGGGAAUGCAGGGCUUGAGUACGAGCAAUUAUCGUGGAACGAUGUCGCUAGGGAAGGAGGAAGAAGAGGAAGGCUAUCCUUGCUUUGAACGCCAAUUCUCUUCUAAUCUAACGAAAGUUCGUUCGCGCGCAAACUCGAUCCGAUCUGGUGCAAGCACACCUGGUGGCGGUGCGUACAACAGCCUGAGCGAGAGAGACUUGCAGGAGACAGACGUGGCGUUGAGUCAUGUAAACGAGAGUCAAGAAGUGAAGGCGAAUGGCGCCUACUGA